CCUGUUCUAUGGCUGAAUGAGCUGCGGUCAGUCGAAAACAGGGAUGGUGAUGUCAGCUUUCCAACAUGGUGACUGCUGGCCUCCUCUGUGGUCUGACCGGUGUGGAGAACCGAGAUGGACCGCUUCCUUCCCCGUCUCGAACCCAGAAUUCAGCCCUGAGUACGGUGCUUGCACGGCUGGCAGAAACUGCAGCGCUGUAUCCCUGCGUCGCUAUCUCCUCGUUUCCCAGCGUGCGCUGCAGACUCUAGCCGCGGGGCGAUUUGCUGAAUAAGCAGUGUUACCCUCCGUGUGACAAACCUCUCGCAUUUGAGUCCCCGUAGCCGAUCCUCGUGCGAUGGAAAUCCUUCCUCCAGGUUCCGGAGCACCCCACUAUUGCUGGAAAUUCCUAACAAGAUAUCCUUUAGCCGUCCUGACUUGUCAUACUCCCACACAGUGAAGCAGCAAACGGGGGCAAUGCACUCCCCUCGCCGCCAUCUUCCCUCCUGCGAUGUGAUACUUUUGACUUGUUUUUUUUUCCCCUAGGAAUUGUUUUGGUUAUUUGGGCUUGUCUUUUGGUUUUUAUGAAUGACUGUCAAAUUUACAAGUCUCAAGUCCUCCAAUCCACAUUUGUCCAAUGGAGGUUUGAAAGCUAAAUUUAAUUCUCCCAGUUCAAAGAUAUCUCAUCAUUAUAUCUACCAUAAUUGCCAUGUAUUGUUUUACAGAUCCAGGUUUCAACCUAAUGAAAUUCCUUUGGAUUAUAGUUCUAUUGUUUAUCAUUUCAAUUAUAGUUAUAAGCAUUUGUUCAACUUCAAAUAUAUGAACCAUAUCUAUAUGGCAUUAUAAAUAUUAUUGGUGAACAUAUAGAGCAGGAAUGGUUAACAGUCUUGUGCUACCAAAUGACAAACAGUGCAGGUGUAUUAAUUUUUGAAUGCUACACAGGAAACAAAUAUUUCUGGAGCAUUUAUGUGCACAGGACAUUGUGUCUCAGGGUAGGUAAUGCAUUCAUUAAUUCAUUCAACAAUAUUUGCUAAGAGCUGCCCUGGAAGAUGAAAAUAUUAUGAUGAAUAAAUUCAGCCGAUCUAGUUGCAGGGAACUUAAAGAUUAGUUAUAGAGGAAGACAACUGUUAAAAGUGAGAAUAGCUCUUUUAUUUUUGGUAAGUUACAGAAUGUAUCAUAUUAUUUAGUCCCAAAUUAAUGUAAAAUGGUUCAUUUUCUUUGUUUUCAGGUAAGUAAGUUAAGACUCAUAGAAAUGAAUUUUUCAGAACAGAUGGCUCAUCUGGUCAGUGGUAGAAUUGAUUGGUUAGGAUCUGGUAUGUACACUAAGGCUGUUUUAGAAAAAAAACAGCUUUGGAGUAUUGGUGAAGUUACAUAUGAAUUAACAGUUUUUAUAAUAAAUUCACAUUUCAUUUAACUUUUCCAUAAGGUCCUCAAGGAUAGUCUCCAAAUUCAUCAUCAUUGAUCCAGCAUUGAUCCAUUGAUGAUGAUCUUCUAGUUCAGUAAACUUGGCAUUAGAGGAAUCAGCAGUUAGGAAAAGAUAUUUCAUAUUGAGCACAAACCAGACUUUUUUUUUAAUCACCAGUUUCCUGAUUUACUUUCUGAUAUAUUUUCAUAUGAAAUAAUUGGAUUUUUACCACAAGAAAGAUCAAUCUUUCAAGGAAGGCAAUUUUGAUGCAUACCCCACUUCAGUAGUUCAUCAAAAUGUGUUAUAUGUUAGUCUGCAAGUUCCUUGGAGGAAGUGAACUUCCAUGAGAUUUGAUGGAGGGUCAAAUGUUUCAUGUAAAAAAUUUAUCUGAGAGCUACUAUGUGGCAUGAAUGAAAGUAACAUCAUCAUAUCUUGAGUACCAUAAAAAUGCUGAUAUUUACUUUUAAAUACAAUUUGUUUUCUACCACUCAACUUAAAAAACGACAGAGAAAAGAAUAUUAGUGAGUGGCCAAGUACUAGAAAGAAAAUUCACAAAGAGAGCUAUGUUAGAAAGGAAAGAAUAGCUUUUUCUGUGCAGUUGAAAUAUGAGAUUUAUUAGCUGAAGAAGUGGAAGGAGGGGUAUUCAAGGUGUGAUGGAUAACACAUUAUAUGGAGUAUAUCUUCUGUUAAUUGUUCUUUUUUCCUCCAGAGUCUUGAAUCAACACUCUUCUCAGUCCUAUGUGACAGGUGUCAGCUGGUCAUGAGAAGGGCAGCAGGAUAGGUGCACUGGCUAUGAUAUCCCAGCAGAAGGUAGCUUAUCAGCACCCACAGAUCAAACUCACAAUUACAGUCUAGUUAAUUUUUUUAAAAAAAUUUAAAAUGGACACAAUACCCUUAUUUUAUUUAUUUUUAUGUGGUGCUGAGGAUUACCAGUGCCUCACACAUGCCAGGCAAGUGCUCUAUCACUGAGCCACAACCUUAACCCCAGUCUGGUUAAUUCUUGAUUAAAAUCUGAAAUAAGAUACCCUACACAAAGGACAGGGGCAAAAGAUAACAACAGAGAAUAAUAAUGCUGCAUUUUUACAUGUUAGGUAUUUAAAAUACAUUUCUACAUUACUACAUUUUGUCUUAAACUCAGUGAAAUGAGGAGGGAAAACACCAUCUCUAUUUUUAGGCAAAGAUGUAGCAGAUCCAGAGGACUGGGUGACCUGACCAAAGAAAAAACAGACAGCAAGACUAUGGUUGAAACAAUAAUGCCAGCAUUCCUGAUCUAGUGAUUUGCAGUACAAAGAACAGAGUAAGAAUAGAAGACUGGUCAGAAAUGAACUAAAUACAAAAACAGAAAAUAGAAAGCAUGAUUUUAUAGCACUGAGGGAAUAUUGUAAAAUAUUUUUAAUUCAUUUUCUUCAUAGAGGACAUUGAAUUUUCUUUUGUUAUUUGUGCAGGUGAAAGGCUAUGGGAAGUUUCAACACCAGUUUUGGAGAGGGCUUCAUUUUGGUGGGCUUCUCAGAUUGGCCUCAACUGGAAUUCAUCCUUUUUAUCUAUAUUUCACUUUUCUACUCCCUAACUCUCAUUGGAAACACCACCAUCAUUGCACUCUCACAACUGGACCCUCGACUGCACACACCCAUGUACUUCUUCCUCUGCCACCUCUCCUUCCUGGACCUUUGCUAUACCACCAGCACUGUGCCCCAGCUGCUGAUCAAUCUUUCUGGACUUGACAGGACCAUCAGCUAUGGACGGUGUGUGGCUCAGCUCUUCUUUUACCUUGCUCUGGGCUCCACUGAGUGUGUGCUCCUGGUGGUGAUGGCCUUUGACCGCUAUGCUGCUGUGUGUCGUCCAUUCCACUACACAACCAUCAUGCACCCCCUUCUCUGUCACUCCCUGGCUAUUGCUGCCUGGGUGGGAGGUUUCAUGAACUCUCUGAUUCAGACAAGCCUCAUGAUGGCCAUGCCUCUCUGUGGCCUCCAUUACCUGAACCACUUCUUCUGUGAGAUGCUUGUACUCCAGAAGUUGGCUUGUGAGGAUACAGGAGGCACAGAGGCCAAGAUGUUUGUGGCCCGAGUCAUAAUCAUUGUUAUUCCUGCAGCACUGAUUCUAGGCUCCUAUGCACACAUUGCUCAGGCAGUGCUGAGGAUCAAGUCAAUGGCAGGGCGCAGAAAGGCUUUUGGGACCUGUGGGUCCCACCUCCUUAUGGUUUGUCUGUUUUAUGGCUCAGCCAUGUACACCUACCUCCAAUCCAUGGGCAGUUACUCUGAGAGUGAGGGAAAGUUUGUUGCCCUUUUUUAUACUAUCAUCAUCCCCAUGCUCAAUCCUUUGAUCUAUACCCUAAGGAACAAGGAUGUGAAGGGAGCUCUGUGGAAGGUACUGGGGAGAGACAGAGACUCUGGGUAACAGAAGAAAAGAAGGUUAGUAGUAACAUUUCUUGUCAACAGCUCUCUGAUAUGGAGUCCAUCCUGCUUCUUGUAGAGUAGUUAUUGUGUAGAAAAUAGUUCUCAGUUGGCCCCGGGUUUUAUUGUUUUCCUUGUUUGGAAGUUUGAAGGGGAGAUCUCUUGAGAUGUUUACUUGCUAUGAUCACUGUGCAGUGGGGAGUAAGUGCUGAUUUGUAUCUCCACUUUCUAAGGGAAUAAGAUGGGAAUAGGGUGCAGAAUGAGGUUGGGUUCUUGGCAUGUCUGAGAACCAGAAAAGGAUCAAUUCAGAAUGACCACACUUUUACCAACAGCCAGAUUCUGACAUGUUGCCAUCUAUAUGGCACCAUGACAAAGUCAUAGGACAUAAGUUCACCCUGAUGUUCUAAUUUUUUGUGACUCUGGCCAUAAUCAUUCAUAUCUCAAGGCCUGUUUAAAAAGUCUCUUACAGUUGUUCCCCUUCUGUGAUACUUUGAGCAAAUAAUUUUAAACAGAGCUACUUCAUGAAACAGACCUGUUGUCAUUUACCCAUUGAAGAAAGAGGUAAUGUCAAUUGACCAUCACUGCAUAAAGGGAGAGAGCAAUAGCUUAUCAGCCUCACCAGAGUCUCAGUCAUGCUACUUGGUGUCAUGCUGCAUGGAGAAGAAAUUUGCCAUGUAAGAUAGAAGAGAACAGAGAAGAAAUGAGUAUACGAAUAAUGAACUAAUAAGAGAAAUUUUAAAAUAAAAAAGUACAUGUUGUACUCAAAUAGAAGAAAAUCAUAUAGAAAAAUCAUUAUUUUGAAGAGAGUUAUAAAAUAAAUAAAGAGCAAGCAAAAUAAAAGAUUUAUAAAUAUUUAUCAUUUGACAUGUAUCUGAAUGUUCAUUUCUGGGCUUUUCUAUAUUUCCUUUCUACAUAUCUGUCUUCGUGGUGGUAACCCACAUUCCUACCACUGUCAUUUCAUUCCAUGUACUUAAA